AUGGUUAUGAUCAUCGCCCUUAUGCUAGUUACCUUGUUUUCGACCGGUGCCAUUGCACAAUCAACCGAUUGCACCAAUGUGCUAAUUAGUAUGUCACCCUGCCUCAAUUACAUAUCCGGGAACUCAUCAACCCCCUCGACAGGAUGCUGCACACAGCUCGCCUCUGUGGUUCAGUCCCAGCCUCAAUGCUUAUGUCAGGUCCUUAAUGGUGGUGGCUCCUCCUUGGGACUCAACAUAAAUCAGACACAGGCUAUGGCCCUGCCUAGGGCUUGCAAUGUUCAGACUCCCCCUGUUAGCCAGUGCAAUGCUGCUGGUUCACCUGCUGCCUCUCCUGAUGCAUUGCCAAAUUCUCCAAAUGCAAACCCUUCAGAGGGUGGAUCAAAAACUGUGCCAACGACGGGGGAUGGUUCGUCUGAUGCAACUUCCACCAAGUUGGGAGCUUCUCUGCUCUUCUUCCUUCUGUUCAUAGCAUCAUAUAUGUCCACUUGA